AUUUUCACAGCUUCGAAUCAUACAUAGCUCACGAAAUUCACACACGCUUUUCAAACAUAAAAUCAAAUUCACCACUCCAUUCAAUUUCUCAUUCCACCGAAAAUUCCAAAUCUCUCUCACACUUCACUUCACGAAUAUCAGAGCAAGGUCAGUUAAUGGUGUUCUUGCUUAACUGAAAUUGCCAGAUUGUGACUAACAAUGGAUACUGAAGCGCGGAAAAUUCUGCACGAUGAGCAUAUGAAUGACUGUCGGAGUAUGGGAAGCAUUCAUCCGUCUAGCCAGUCAAGGAAAAUUUCCAUAGGAGUUAUGGCAGAAUCGAAAGCCAGCUCAAGAAGCGGACCUAAGAAAGGGGAUGGACCUGUCGUGCCAAAUACAGAAAGGGUAACCUCUAAGAUGGGAAAUAUCAACACAGGAGAAAGCAAGGCUGUAGGAGGGACAACAGUUUCUGCUAAAGAGAAGCAAAUUGUAGGUCCAAAAGCGGUGGAGGGUUCUUGGAUGUCUAAAUCGCCUACUACAGAGGAAAAUCAUCAAGCCAACAAAACCGCUAGUUUACUGGUCUCUUCUGGGGGGAAGAAGGAUGAGCCUCAUGGAAAAGGGUGUGGAGCUGGGGUUCAGUUUUUUUCAUAUCAAACUUUGAAAUUUCCUUCUAAUAAUUACAAGAAGUUUGAUGGCGAUACUAGCAGAAGCUCCAGAAAGAAGGGAAAGAAGGAUGGGAGUGCUGAAGAAAGGGUAGAGGAAUUUACAUUUACCACCACACCUAAAGUCUUUGAGACUGAUAAAACAAAGGCAGAAGACAAGACACCUAGAACAGAAAACAGUACUGAAAAUUUGAGGAUGAAGCUAUGCCAAAUAUUGGGGACUACUUCUUCCCCUAAGACUCAGGAUUCAGGCUCUCACAAUUGUAAGAAGGACAAGGAAAGUUCACCACUCAAGCCGCGCUUGAACCAGAAGGGAAAUGAUUUUGUUAAGAGCAAACAGAAUUCGGAUACCAUAGAAACUGAUUCAGAAAGUCCUGACCAUACUCGUAAAAGGCCAGUCACUCGUUCUAGGACCAGAAAGAAAGUGUCUUCCCAGAAGCAACAGGGAAAGGGUAAAAGUACCAUAAUUACCAGAGAGGCAGAGAAGCAUCAAGAAAAAAGUAUAUUGUCUUUUGAAGAAAAAGGGAUUGGCGGCCGAGAUGCUUUACCAAAUGAUGGUUCCUCAGUGUCUUUAAAGAAAAAGAGUCAGGAAAAGAAUUCCAAGAUAGGGGGACAUAAGCUCUGCUUCACCGAAAGUGAUACCACAGAUAAACUUCAUCAAGACACCUCAAAGACUGAUCCACCACUGUAUGCAGGGGCCACAUUUUCACUUGGGAAUAAAAUGGGAGGAUUUGGUGGUUUCUUAGCUGAUUAUCAUACAAAUAGCCCUAAGACGCAGAAAAAAGAACACAAAAAAGAAUUAUACCAGCCACAAACAACGAACAAUACAGAUCAGCGUGUAGAACAUGAGGUAUCAGAAAAUAGAAACCAGCAAGAGCGUAGAACUAUUUCUGCUACACAAAAUGAUGCCAAGUCACAAGAUGAAUUUCAAAGUCCUACAUUUCAAUUUAAGACACCUACUUUGAGCUCUCCUAGCCCAACACCAAAGACACACCAAAAGGCAAAUGAUGUCAAUAGUCCAGCAUCAACUGAAAGACCAAGAUUUUCUAUGAGGACCAUGCCUAAUUUAAGCACUUUUAUGGCUUCGGAGCCAGACUUCACAACAAGGGAACAAGACAAGUCUCAUCAUAUGAAGGAACAAAAGUAUUCUAUUCGUAGAAAAGAAAAAUCUCUGGAGAAAGAGACAGAAGAGCAGGAUGGAUCAUCAGAUUCAUCAUAUGAGGAGAGGAACAUCCAAGGACGUCGUCAAGGUUCUGGAGCAAAGCAUACUGCUGAGAGGAAAAGUUUUACACUUAAACCUGUCAAAAGGCUGUGCAAACAUAAAGGCAUAAAAUUUAAUGAUACAAGCCCAGCUUCAGUGUCUUCAAAAGAGAUAGAAGAAAGCGAUUCGAUGGACGAAGCUUCUGAACAGACUCAAGAUGGAUUUGUCAGGGCUGUUGAACUGUUCGGUUUGGAAUUGGCCAAACUUAAGAACAAACUGAAUUUGAUGACUAGUCAGAAAUCCUCAGAAAUUUUGAAGUCUGUUGCUGAAGACAUACAUUUCCAGCUGCAGGAUGUUCAUUCUCAGAUUGAAACAGACUUAGGAAAGCUUACAAAUCUCAAUAAAUCAAAGAGAAAACGGAUAGAAACAAGAUUUGAAGACCAGCAGAAACAGCUGAGAUUAAUCUACGAUAGAUUCAAGGAAGAGGUUAAUCUACACCUACAGGACUGCAGAAGCACUGUAGAAGAUCUCGAGGCAGAUCAGAUAGAGAUAAAAGGAGCCCUUGAAAAGCAAAGAGUAGCACAUAAAAAGCUUAUAUCACAAGUUGAAGAAUCAGUGGAUGUCCAACUCAAUGAUGCUCAAAAGAAAAUUACAUCCACGCAGCAGAUGGCAAGGGGAAAACUACUACAACUGAAGCAAGUUAUAACGAUGUGCUUGAAAGAGGGUAUCUAAAUGGACGUGAUUUCUGAUGAUUCCUUACAAGUUACAAACUUUGCUUAUAAGUAAGCGCCCAUUGAUUUUCUCCAUAUUCUUGGCACUGGUACCAUUAGAGUUUUCCACGUGCUUAAUAUUAUCCCCCAACCCCUUUUCAAGUGAUGCUACUUACAAAGGCACUUUUGUAUUGAUUUGGCCGAGUUCCAGUCUCCAAUCCUGGAUUUAUUUCGUUAUUUGCAGGGGAAAGAUUAGAAACAUCUCAUUUGUUAGAAGGGAAAUUGCCAAUUUUUUUUAAGCUGAUGUCAUAUUAAGAACGUCCUAUGGAAUUGUUUACUGUUAUUAUGUUAGAGAUGCACAGACCCAUUGUUAG